AUGAAAAGUGAGCAAAAGAAAUUUAACCAGAAUAACCCAAGCAGUAUCCAAGUGAGUCUCAAAAAACAAGAAGGACUACAUCCAACCGGGAAUAUGAAUAGUAGACAGCAAAAGGAACUAAGCGAAUUUCUCACUAAGACUUCAAUUAUCCUCAUUACAUACGCCUUAUUGCUCGUUUUUAACGUUAAUACUAAAAUCGCCUUCCCCAUACUUAUUAUCAUGGUUCUUUCCAACGCCUACAAGUUAAAGAGCUUAUCAUUUCUCUUCAAUAAAUUUGUCAAAACUGAUAUCUCCAGCCACAGGGCUGAACUCAUCAACGCCGUGAAAUCUAUACAAGAAUAUAACGCUAAGACCAAGAAAUGGAACUCCCGAAGAAGAAGCGCUUAUAAUCAAAUGUCGGGGCACCACAAGGACAUUGGCAACAAAAUCGGGUAUUUGGCCAGAGUUUCCAAAGUUGAACAGGCGAUCCAAGAGAAUUCCAUUGUCUUGGAAGAUAUUGCCAAAUCAGCGAUUCAAAAAUACAACAUUGAACCUUCAGAGAUGCGUUUGGCGGUACCGUCGGUGCAAAACUUUAGGGUAAUUGAGUCAUUAUGCCAUUAUCAGCGGGAUUGGUCAAGUGUUGGGGAGAAAGAAGUGGCACCAAUAUUGGAAUUUUACAAAAAAGGAUUGUCAAAGCUUGGAUCGAAUGUUAAGAAAUCCAAUACCGCAGUGAUUGUUCCUGGAUCGGGUCUUGGGAGGGUGGCGCAUGAGAUUGGGUUGGAAGGGUAUCAACAAGUGCACGCCGUUGAGUACUCAAUGUUGAUGCAUUUAUUCAAUGAGUUUGUGUAUAGUGAGCAAAACAAUAAGAACUAUACAAUUUAUCCUUACAUUCAUUCAUAUUCCCACCAUAUCAGCGAGGCGAAUCAAUUGAGAACCAUCAACUUGAACGGUAGUCGUCCAAAACCAGAAAACUUAACCUUGCACAACGCUGAUUUCCGGAAAUUUGAACUUCCAAACCCUGAAGGAAUUGAAAAUGUCAUUAUUGUCACGGAAUUCUUCAUUGAUACUGCGGAAAAUGUCUUUGAGUAUUUAGAUUCCAUCAGCAAAUUGGUGCAAGGAAAAAACGGUUAUUGGAUAAACUUGGGGCCUUUGAAGUAUGGGUCGGCGCCAAAAAUUGAACCGAAUUUGGAAGAAUGGAAGGAACUUAGAGCAUUAUAUGGCUGGAAGGAUAUAGAGGAAGUUGAUCCUUUGAAAGAUGAUUUGAUUGGCUAUUUGACGGAUAAAAAGAGCUUAUGGCAAGGAAACUACGGGGUGGCAAGAUGGAUUAGCAAGAUUUCAAAGUGA